UAUGUUUAUGAGGAAGCUUCUAUGAAAGAAUUCGUCAUUAUGUCUGCAAGAAAAGCUGAUGUGAAAAAUUAUUGUCUGGCCGUGAGCGGCUUUCCAGAACACCCUGAAUCACCAAACUUGGUUUGUGAAGCUGUAAAAAAGGUUUUUACAUCAUCCCAUUGAAAUUUUGCCAAGAUGAAUACAGAAAAGAGUUGAUAAUAUUAUUCAACAAGCCAGUGGCAGUUGAUUCAAAGUAUCGAAAUAGAAAACUUCAUUGUAAUAUAGCAGGAACUGAUUGUGAUUUGACAUUAAAAGCAGCAGAUAUUGAGGAUAUCCCACUAGUAGAUGAAUGGUUACAUGUAAUCCAAAUGGCUGAAUCAAGAACUGCGACUCCAGGUACUUUACCUAAAGAAACAGUGGACACAUAUGUAACACAGACACCAACACAGCCACAAACCACACCACCAAGUAUAUUUGAUGAUCAUCCCAAUCAAACGAUUCAAAUUCAAAAUGAAGGAUACACUCAUCAGGAAAAACAGGGUCUGGUAGGUGAUGGGAACAAAGAAAUGUCCGAAAGCAGCAGGUUACGAAAUGAAAAUGAACAAGCACAACUUCAACAAGAGUUUGAACAAUUUUUGAUGUGGAAGAAACAGCAAGAAAGUUCACGACAUCCAAUAACGAACAAAAACUUGCAAUUUAGUGAAAUGUUCAAUACAAGUCAAAAUGUAAUGCUACGAGAAGAGACAGUUUCUGCAUCAUAUUCUAAUGCUACUACCAUGCCAUGUUUGGAUACAUUAUCUAAAAACAUACAGAAAGAGCCAUUAUCUGAACAGCAAGAGACUAAUAUUUUAGAAGUCAGCAAAUUACCAAAUGAUGUUACUCAAGAAGCUUUGUCUAUGUUCUUUGAGAAGAAAAAGUUAGCCCAAGAUGCCAAAUUGCUUGCUGUAGAUUUGAAUAAGAAAGAGAAUAAGGCUUUUUUGAAAUAUGAUAAAUCUGAUGCGGUGAAACACAUAUCUAAGAAAGAGGUUGUGCAAUUUCACGGUUCUGAUGUUUGUGUGAAACCCUUUACUGGAGAUGUGAAAAUUGAAAAAGAGAACAAAACUUUAAAAAUUACUGACUUCAAUCCUAACACAUCAGUAGAAAUGAUCGAUAUGUAUUUUGAGAGCAAGAAAAGAUCUGGAGCUUCUGCUGAAGAAGUAAAGUCUUUUAAAGAGGAUGGUUACACCCUUGUAACUUAUUCAACAAUUGAUGAUGUUAAGACUGUUCUUUCAAGAGAUCAUCUUCUGGACAGUGAGAAAUUAACUGUUCAAUAUUAUGAAGAAGAAAUUCCAGCAUUAAAAGCUAUUAAAGUAUCUGGAUUCAAAGCGUCAACAAGUUUUCAGUUGAUGGAGUUGUACUUUGAAAAUCAGAAGAAGUGUGGAGCAGAAGCAGAAAAAGUUGAACUGAGUGAAGAUAAAACAUAUUUACUUGUAACAUUUGAUACAACUGAAGAAGCUGAAUUGGUAUGUAGUAGAGAACAUAUAUUAGAUGGUUGUGAGUUAACAGUUGAAAUAUUCGACCCAUCAACACAAGAUAAUUCAACACAUGAUGAUGGUAAAAGAAUAGUUCGUGUUAGUGGAUAUAAAGAUACAACAAGUAAACAGAUGAUAGAGAUGUAUUUAGAGAGCAAGAAAAGAUUUGGUGCAGUUGCUGAAAAUAUUGAAAUAAAUGAAGAGGAAAAAUGUGCUUAUGUGACCUUAUCUACUGUUGAAGAUGCUGAAUUGGUAUGUGAAAAGGAACACACAUUAGAUAAAUGUAAAUUAACAGUUGAACUAUUUAAUCCAUUAAAUGAAAAGGAUGAAUCAGAGUCUAAUGGAACAAUUGUAAUGAUAACUGGAGUUAGUAAAAAAACAUCAGAAAACAAAAUAAAACUCUAUUUAAAUAAUAAACGUAAAUUUGGUGCAGAUCCUGUAAAUAUAGAUUUUGAUGAGGAAGAAAACUGUAUAUUUGUUACCUUGUCUUCACCAGAAGAUGCCAUAGAAGUUUGUGGUAAAGAUCAUAAGGUUGGUAAAAAUAAACUUAAGGUUGGGAUCUAUACACCACCACCAUUACAAAACAACAGAUUACUGGUUACUAACAUCAAUCAGGAUACAAAAAAAGAAACACUACAGAAUUAUCUUGAAGGAAAAUUAGAUAUUGAGAUAUUUGACAUUCUGUAUAAUGAAGAAGGAACAAAAUCGGUUAUUACUUAUAAAGAUAAGAAAACAGUAAAAGAAAUAUUAAAGAAAUUUCCAUCAGUAGGAGAGGCACUAGAAGGUAAUCACUUAAAGAUUAAAGGUGUGGCUAUAAGUAACACAGCCAAAGUCAGCAAGUUUUCAGAUGGAACAGAUGAUGAAGAUUUAACUAAUUAUUUUGAAAGCUAUGGAGAUGUGGAACGUGUUGAAAUGACUUCAAACAGUGAAUUUGCUUUGGUGCAUUUUCAAAACCCAAAAGAUCUUGAAACUGUUUGUAAGAAGUCUCAUGAGUUAGGUGGAAUUGGUAUAGAAGUUGCAGUGUAUCAACCGUGUUUAGGAAAAUCUGGUGGUAUAAAGAAUCCUAACAUCUUUGUUUUACCUAAGAAACCUGUAAAAGUCACUUUAACUGAAUGUGACAAAUAUAAGAUGAUGUUCAUCUAUGAGUCUGAAACCAAUAAACAGCAAUUCCAGUCAAAGAUGAAAGAAUACAAUACUUUGAUAGAAUGGAGUAAAGAUACAUCAGAUGUUUUUCUGUCUUGUACUGUUAGUAAAGAGAUGAAAGAUGCCAGGAAGUUAACCAAAAACUGGGCAAAAAUGUGUGAGAAACAUUUUGAAGAUUAUCUAGGCUGUCUGAAGAUAAGAGACUUUACACUAUUAAAUGAGGUUUCAGAGUUAAUUUGGAAAGAAAUCACUAUUUCGAACAAGGAUGAUAUCAAUAUCUUUAAAGGCAGUGAUUCAAGCUCAUCUAUCAUAAUUGUUGGAUGUGAUGCUCCACAGUACCAGGAAAUGGAAUCCUUUGUUCAGCAAAUAAAGCAAAGGAUUGAAGAAGAUUUUGAAAGAAAAAAACAAGAAGUCAAUGAAACCAUGAAACUGAAAUAUCCCUAUUCAGUACUUGAAAGUUUAGGUUUUCUUGACAUUGUUCGAGAAAAAUAUCAACAUCUGCAAAUAUUAGAAAAGACUUCUGAUUUAGAGAUUGAAUUAAAAGGUGUAAUUUCUGAUAUCACUGCAGCUAAAGUCACAAUUUAUGAAUUACUUCAGAAUUUUAAAAUUUCUCAACUGAGAAAAUUUUCUAAAACACAGAUUAAAAUUUUGUUCACCAAAGAUGUUCAUGAUUUUAUUAUAAAAGAAAAGUUCCAAGGUGACAAAAGCAUUGCAGUAUGGGUAAAGGAUGAGGAAAGAGAAUCAAUUGAUGUCUUUGCUAAAGAUAAAAAGAGCUUGAACUUGGCUGAAUCUAUUCUUAAUGAUGUUGUUUGCUGUAAACAUUUACCAGUAGAUAAAGAAUCUGUCAGUCUUUUAACUCAGCCAAAAUGGCAAGAUUUAAAUGAGGAUAUUAAAAACACUUACCCUGACCUGGUGAAAAUCUGCCCUAUAAGUGCUGAAGAAAUAGAAAUCACUGCUUUCUCAGAAGUCAUGCAAAUGGUAGAAGCUUCAGUUGCUCAGUUUUUUGAGGAAAAUACAACCUAUCAAAAAAUAAUACAGUAUGGAUCUGCCAAAGAUCGAUUCUUCAAGAAACAUUAUGAACAGAAAGUCCAGGAUUUGGAAUUAAAGUUGGAAUCUUGCAAAGUUACAGUUCAAAUGAAAGAUGCAAAGGGAAUUGUUAUUAAAGGAACAAAGCAAGGUAUUAUGAAAGCUCAAGAACACCUGAAAGAAUUGUACUCUAAAAUCAUCUGUAAAGAGAAAAAUAUUUACAGCUCUAGUUAUUGUAAAUUUAUUCAUACUGAAAAAGGCAAGAGUACUGUGAGCAAUAUCGAAAGGAUGUUUCGCUGUACAAUUGAAGUAGAAGAAGAAACUAUAGAAACUACCAACGGUCUUAACUGUGCCAGUUUCCAGUUGAAGAAUACACAAAUUCUAGUUGUAAAGGGUGAUAUAACAGAUUUAAAUGUAGAUGUUAUAGUCAAUGCUGCUAAUGAUCGAUUACAACAUAUAGGAGGCCUGGCUGGUCACAUUCUGCAGAAAGGCGGACAGGUUAUACAAGAUGAUUGUAAUGCACAUAUUCAAGAAAAUGGCCAGGUAUAUGAUGGGGAUUGUGUGAUGUCUGGAUCAGGGCAGCUCAAGUGUAAAAAGAUUGUUCAUGCUGUUGGACCAAGAUGGGCAGGAGGACAUUCAAAGGAAAGUAAAAUAUUAUCCACAACAAUUUUACGUACUUUGGAGUUAAUCAUGACUCAUGGUUAUUCCUCAGUAGCUCUACCAGCAAUAUCUACAGGGAUAUUUGGUUAUCCAGUGCAAAAUGCAACAGAAGUGAUUGUUAAAGCGAUAGUAUAUCAUUUUGAAAGAGUUCCUCAAUCACCUAUCAAAUUGAUUUAUUUAAUAGAUGUACAGAAAACCUCCCUCAAAUUUUUUAUUGAAGCUUUAAAAAGUGUACCAUCCAUUAUCCAGUUAAAUUCUGCAGGUGUACCACAGGAAUCUAUACCUCAUAGACGGGAACCAGCUUUUAACUAUGGUGAAAGCUUUGAGCAAGAUGAUGAAGAAUUAGUUAGAUGGAAGCCUAAUCUUGUAAAAGGAGAAAUAGCCAAGGCAGUGGUGGAUGUAAUUGUUAACUCUACUUCCAACAAACUGGAGUUACAAAAUGGAGCUGUUUCUGGCUCCAUUAAUAAAGCAGCCGGUCCAAAUCUUCAAGCAGAAUGUAAGGAAAAAUACCCUAAUGGUAUCAAUGUCGGUGAUAUUGCUGUAACUGGACCUGGUAAUCUGCGGUGUCAAAAAGUUUAUCAUACAUGUUUGAGUUCCUACAAUAAGGGUUCAGAUGGAAAGAACUUAGAAAACUUGAUCUUGAAAUGUCUCAGGAAAGCAGAAGCGGGUGGCUGCAAAUCAAUUGCAUUUCCAGCUAUUGGAACAGGCAAUUUGGGUUUUCCUCGUGAUCUUGUUGCUAGGGUGUUUUACCAAACUAUCAAUGAUUAUAAAUCACAGGGAGGAAAGUUAAGCGUUAAUAAUAUACAAAUCAUUGUUUAUCCUGGUGAUGCAGCCACUGUGAAGGAGUUCACAGAUGAAGACAAUAAUACAGGUUCAAAAACCAAACAUUUAAAAACCAAACCAAAAUUAAAAGCCACAAGUGAUCCUAGAGGUGCUGAAAGACAACCAGAAGAUAACAGUUUUUAUAUUGUAACAGAAAAAGACAUAGGGAGAGGAAUUAAAGUUGGUAAAUUUAAACUUACUGUAACCAAUGGUGAUUUAUUAGAUGUUAAUGUUCCCAUAAUUGUUAACAGUUCUAAUUCGGAUUUAAACCUUAAAAUAGGCGCUGUGUCACAGGCCAUAUUAAAAGCUGGUAAAGAAAGAAUCUUACAGGAAUGUGAUAAAGCCCGUGAUGUAAUGAAAGAAAAGGGUAUAGCUAUUACACCAGUUUCUGGGAUGAAUUGUAAAUAUGUGAUACAUGUUGAUGCUGAUAGAUUUAACUAUAACUGGAAGAAGGCCAUCACUAACUGUUUAAGAGAAGCUGAUCAGAAACAUGUAACAUCCAUAGCAUUUCCUGCACUGGGAACAGGAAAUUAUUCAACAAAAACAUCUGAUAUAGCUGAAGCCUUGGUUAAAGCCUUAAAUAAUACAACUAAUUUAACAUGUCUCCAAAAUGUUCAUGUUGUAAUUUACCAAGAAUCUAUGUUUAAUCCUUUUGUCAGUGCUAUACAAGGUGCAAUUCAGAAAAAUGGAAAGGGAUUAUGGAAUAAAAUAACAAGUUAUGUGUCUACUUCGCUUGGUUUUGGCUCAAAUGUUGACGAUGAGGAUGGCUUUGAUAUGGACUCUGAAACGAAUCAUGACUUUUCACCCAAGAAAGAAUCUGAAAUUAGAGAAAAAAUUCUGUAUUUCUAUUCGGAUGAUGCAGAGCAAAUAGGACAGGCUAUGAUGAGUCUAGAUCAAACACACAGAGAAGAUUUUCAUAAACAACGAAUUGAUUAUAAUGUAAAAUUAUCAGUAAAUAAUUUAAGGAAGAUACUGAAGAACGAAUCAGGUGGAGUUAAGAUAUCUGUUGAUGAAACAUUAAAGCGUAUUAUCAUUGAGGGACUCACCAGAGAUGUUGCAGAUGUAGCCAAUAAGGUGAAUGAAAUAAUUUUGAAUGCCGUAGAAGAAGAACGAGACGUAAAACAUGCAGACAUAUUAAAAGAUGUUAUACAGUGGAGUCGACUAGAAACUAAAGGUGCAAGACCUUACCCAGCACACAUUAACAAGAAAAUAGAAGAUUCUUUCAAUUUAAAUAAAAAAACAUUUAGUUUUGUCUACAACCAAAAUAAGAAUGUGAUCAAUUUUGAUGAUAUGGAAGUGUCUGAAGAAGGUGAACAACAAAAUCGGAAAGUAAUACGGCAAGAUAAAAUGAAAGAAGCCAAAUUAGGAAUUCCUAAACAUUGGCAGAUUGACGACAAAAGUAACUUAAAUGUUGUUACUUUGGCACCAUCUGAUUCAGAGUAUCUAAUAGUUCAGAAAAACUUUGCAGCUUCCGGACAAAUUGUGAAAAAGAUUGAGAGAAUAGAAAACCGGUCGCUUUAUGAACAGUAUGUUUCUAAAAAACGCCAAAUGGAACUAGAAUUACAAAGGCCAACAGUAGAAAAGGAUAUUCUAUGGCAUGGUACUGAUGAAAAUUCUAUAUUUAGUAUUAAUAAUUAUGGUUUUAAUAGAAGCUACUGUGGUAAAAAUGCCACAGUACAUGGACAGGGUGUUUACUUUGCUGUAAAUUCAUCAUAUUCUGUCAAUUAUGCAAGACAAAAUAGUAAAGGUGAGCGUAAAAUGUAUCAAUGUAAAGUAUUGGUUGGAGAUUAUACACCAGGAAACAGUGCUUAUAGAGUUCCGCCAAACAAACCCGGCACCACACAAGUUUAUAAUUCAUUAGUAGACAAUACUUCAAACCCUUCAAUGUAUAUUAUAUUUAAUGAUACACAAGCUUAUCCAGAAUAUCUUAUAACAUUUUGAAGUUUUAGUAUAUAUGAAGGAUUUGUUAAAAGAAGACAUGUUCCAUGCAAAAUUAAUUUUAACAUACCGUUUUUUUAAUCUUGUACUUCAACUUAUAUUUCAGUUUUAUCUGAGCUUUGUAUCUGAAAUUCUCAAAUAAUAUAGAAUGUUUUCUGUAAGCUUUUUACAUUUUACAUCUAAUUACUGUAUUACAGAGAGUUUGAAACAUUGGGUUUCAAAAUUCCUGUAUUUGUAGUUUUACCUAGAUGGUGAUAAAUGAUCAAAAUGUAUAUAAUUUAUUUGAAGAACUUGUUGUUAUAUUUUAGUGAAUAUAUUUAUAUUCUCACAAACUUAAUGUAGAAAUGGGAUUCUGCAAUUCAGAAUUAUCAGUCUUAUUAUGUUUUCAUCUUUGUCUAAUGACAUUUCUUUAUAAGCUGCAUUGUGUGUGAUUGGACGACUGGAGAUCUAAACCAGUCUAAACCGGUGAUACAGAACAUUCCUUGGAGUCAUCUCUUAUAAUAAGCCUUGUUGUCUUGAUAACCCGACUUAGUUACAUGUAAUACAAACAAUUUUAGUAUGCAAGAAAUUUAAUUUUCAGACCUAUUUGAGAAAAGUUGGAAUUUGUUGGAUACAGUAUAAUAAGCUGUAAAUUGAUAUGAUUAUGAUUUUACAUCAUGUAUAGACUGCACAUGAUUUGUUUUAUGAAUUAUAACAUUGCUUCUGAAUAUACUUCAAAUCAAAUUAUUUUAUGAAUGCCGAUUUUUCAUUAGCUGAGAGUUAAGUAAGGUCUAGAAUAUGCUAUGACAGAAAGUUAAAAUUCUAGAUUCUUAGCCAAUGAAAAGUCAGUAUGUUUUAAAUAUUUUAGUUAAAGUUUUUGUAAAUAAGGCCUUAUGGUUAUAAAAAACAUAAAAAUCAAGAAUAAAUCCAUUAGUUUUGUGAAUAAGACCUUAUGGUUAUAAAAAACAAAAAUAAUUUCAUUUACAAUACAUAUCUCCUCUUAUUUUAUUCUAGAUUCCAAUUAUACCUGCUUAUACCAAUAUAAAUAUUGAGUGUCAUCUUGAAUAUAUACUCAGAAUGUUUCUUCACCCCCAUCCCUCUCUGUUUCCUACAAAUUCCACAAAAAUGUAGCUGAUUUUAACUGUUCCUUCAUCAUGACCACAUACAAAAUAAAUGUAACAUUAAAAGUACUGGUAUCAAUUGAUAAAAAAAAUGAGGCAUGUACAAUGUGACUGCUGUAGUAUUUUGAUGUAACUGAAAUGAAAAGUUGAUACAUUGUCAUUAUAGUUCAUGUAGGACUCAAAAUAUCUAUCGUCAUUAAUACUGAUAAAUAUUUGAUAAAAAUGUAGCUACUUACCCUUUUUAUGUCACCCCUGUCAGUCAUUCACAUUGUACUGUGAACAUCUACAGACUACAUUUAUUGUCAGAUCUUUUUUCAAAUUUAUUUAUGUUAUUUAUAUUAGUGAGACGGAGAAUCCUAUUGAAUUUCUGUGCUGCUUGAGCUAUGGCCCUUGUUUCGCUUUGUACAAUCUUGUCAACACUCAAAGCACAAAGAUAUUAUCCGAUCUGUAUGCGAUUUAUGGGACAGAGAAGCCUAUUGUAAAUUGCUUUGAGUUAUUGCCCUUGUUUCAAUUUGUAGAAUCUUGUGAAGGUUGUAACAUAAAAUUGAUAUGCAUUCUUCAAAUUAGCGAAAUGAAGAAGCCUAAUUUCUAGAGUUAAAGCUCUGAAGAUUUUGAUUUUUAUUUACCCAAAAAUUCACAAUGUGACAACCUUUAUGUACUGCUCGGAUGGUUUAGCUGCUGUGGGGUUGUUUUAUUUAUACAUCAAUACACAAGAAGUUUGGCCAUAAAUAGAUAUCAACUGGUCAAGCUGAUUUCCUAAAAGUUUAUUAAUGAAUUGCCUUUAAAUGUUCUCUGUAUGUUAAAACACCUAUUUAUUAUUGGUCAACCUUCCAGUGUAUCAAAUAGAACUUCAUGAUAGCAUUCCAGUUAUUGCACGUACUCACUUUAACUAAACUUAUGAAUGCUCUAGAGAUGUUGCAGCCAAUUUAGCUUCACCCUUUUUACCUGUUAACUUUGUUAAAUCAUGUGAGUAGUCUUAACAACAAAAUUUGUCAUCCAAUCAUCUUGGAAUGAAGCAUUUUACUGAUUAGUGAACAAUGCAGCCUAUCAGAUUUUGACAAUUGUCAUUAAUUACUUCCAGAGUUAUUGUCCUUGCUCACUAUGUAGAAUUUUGAAGAAUGAUACAACUUCACAUUUAUGUUUUGAUGUUAUACAUUUUGUACAUAUAUACUUUUAUAUAUAUAUAUAACUAUGCACCAUUUUAAGUCCAGUGUUAACAGGUUAACAUAGUCUUUCAUUGGUGUAACACACUUAUUCGUAUUCAUAUUUAUUCAGUAUACAAGGCCAUUGCCCAAAGUACAAUGUAAUCAUAGAUUAUUUAAGUUACACACAAUAUAUGUACAAACAAGUUAUGUUAAUGCAAUUGAAAUAUUUAACUCUUUAUAGUUUCAUAGCAUUGUGUACAAAUUUCGCAAGGUUACUGCUGGACUUGAAUUAACCCAUUCUCUCAUAGAAUUAAAAAUUGAGUGUUUUGACAAGAUUAGUGUUUACACUAAAUUAGCUUAUAACUGUUUGCCCAAAUUUUAUAUAUCAUAUAUUUUGUAAAUAAUACUGUUUACUCACUA